GGUGACCUCGGCUCCCUGGCUCCGACCCCCGAAGUUCCAGGGCCGUGGCCCGGCCUCGCGCGCCCCUUGCAGCCGCGGGACCCUCGCGUGCUCAGGGAAGAUGGCGAGAAGGAGCCGCCACCGCCUCCUCCUGUUGCUGCUGCGCUACCUGGUGGUCGCCUUGAGCUGUUACAAGGCUGAUGGACUUUCUUCCAAGAAAGAACAAGUAAUUACAACACAAGAGUAUCAUGAGGCUAUUUUAUCCUGCAGACACCAGAAGAAGACUUCUUCCACCAGAUUAGAAUGGAAGAAACUGGGGCGAAGUGUCUCCUUUGUCUACUUUGAACAGGCACUUCAAGGUGAUUUUGAAAAAAGAGCUGAGAUGAUAGAUUUCAGUAUACGGAUCAAAAAUGUUACAAGGAAAGAUGCUGGGAAAUACCGCUGUGAAGUGAGUACCCCAACUGAACAUGGCCAGGAUCUGGAGGAGGACACAAUCAUACUGGAAGUACUAGUGCCUCCAGCAGUUCCUGUGUGCCAAAUACCGAACUCUGCUUUGAGUGGGACUGUGGUCGAGCUACAGUGUACUGAAAAAGAAGGGUAUCCAGCUCCUGAAUAUACUUGGUUUAAGGACGGCGUCCGUUUGCUGGAGAAACCAAAGUCUGGCUCCCCCAGAUCCAAUAGCUCCUACUCGGUGAAUGUAAAAUCGGGAACUCUGCAAUUCAACACUAUUUCAAAACUGGACACUGGCAAAUAUUAUUGUGAAGCCCGUAAUUCUGUUGGACAUAGCAGCUGUCCUGGGAAACAAAUGCAAGUUGAUGAUCUCAACCUAAGUGGCAUCAUAGCAGCUGUCGUAGUUGUGGUCUUGAUGAUUUCUGUAUGUGGCAUGGGUGUGUGCUACGGUCAGAGGAAAGGAUAUUUCUCAAUAGAAAGUGACAACGAAGAUUAUGCAGAAGAAACCUCCUAUCAAUUCAUCGAUGGUCUCUUCCCAGACUUGCUCAUCUUUGAGCCUCAUGCCUCAGUACAAGUCUAA